CGGCGCGGCGCGGCGGGUCCCGCUCUGUGUGUGUCCCGCUGUGUGUCCCGCUGUGUCCGUCCCGCUGUGUCCGUCCCGCUGUGUCCCGGUCUGUCGCCGUCUGUCGCAAUGGUGAAGCUCACGGCGGAGCUGAUCGAGCAAGCGGCACAGUACACCAAUGCCGUCCGCGACCGGGAGCUGGAUCUGCGCGGCUAUAAAAUCCCUGUCAUUGAGAACUUGGGUGCCACUCUGGACCAGUUUGAUGCCAUCGAUUUCUCUGACAACGAGAUCCGCAAGCUGGACGGGUUCCCCCUGCUGCGGAGGCUGAAAACGCUCCUCAUGAAUAACAACAGGAUUUGUCGGAUUGGUGAGAACCUGGAGCAGGCUCUGCCCAGCCUCACAGAGCUCAUUCUUACCAACAACAACAUUGCUGAACUGGGUGAACUGGAUCCAUUAUCAAGUAUUAAAUCAUUGACUUACCUGAGCGUUCUAAGGAAUCCUGUAACAAAUAAGAAACAUUACAGAUUAUAUUUAAUUCAUAAAGUUCCCCAGGUCAGAGUGCUGGAUUUUCAAAAAGUGAAGCUCAAAGAGCGACAGGAGGCAGAGAAAAUGUUCAAGGGCAAACGGGGUGCACAGCUUGCAAAGGAUAUUGCCAGGAGAGCAAAAACUUUCAAUCCAGGGGCUGGUCUGCCAACAGACAAAAAGAAAACUGGGCCCUCUCCAGGGGAUGUGGAGGCAAUUAAGGCUGCCAUAGCGAACGCCUCGACGCUGGCGGAGGUGGAGCGGCUGAAGGGUUUGCUGCAGGCGGGCCAGAUCCCCGGCAGGGAGCGGAAACCAGGCCCAUCGGAGGACGGUGAAGAAGAAAUGGAAGAGGACACAGUGCCAAACGGAUCGUAGCCCGGGCCGUGCCGCGCUCCGGCCCCCCAGGAGCCCUUUCCUGUUCCGUGCCGUGCCGGUGUCCCCGGCGGGGCCAUCGCUCCGGUCCUGGCGCAUUUCACUGUUCAAUAAACGAGCGCUGCCUUUUUC